UAUGAAGCAACACUGAAAGUGAAAGCAAAGGGCGUCGUUCGACCAACACAAGAUAAAAAGAAGUGCUACUUCCAAGUCUUGGUAUUUAUGAAUGUUUCGCUCCCAAAAAGUUUUUUUAAGUACUGAUUUACAGAAGACGCGCCUUUGUCGCCUCUUGGACGUAAACCGGCAGCGCAACAACCUGUAGACACAGUGAGCUGAGCACCAGGCCUGUGCUGGGGGGACUGAGUCUGUGAUGGAUAGGCUGACGCUGUCUCGCAUAGAUGAGGGGCUGGAGUCCUCUGAGGUGGAUGCUCUCUGCUUCUUGUGUCGAGAUGUUGUCAACAUGAAACAUCUGGAGGGAAUUACUGAUGCGAAAAAGCUGUUCUUGAGACUGGAAGCAAAAGGUCUGCUGGAGAACGACUUGUUCCUUAGUCAGCUGCUCCAAACUAUCCGUAGAGCAGAUCUCCUCAACCUCCUGGAGGCAGACAGCAGGCAACCUGAAGAAACAGAUGCAAAUCCCAUGCUGUCAGAAUACAGGGUGAUGCUGUACAAAGUGUAUGAGGACAUGACUGAGGACAAUCUUGAAAAGAUGAAGUUUCUUUUGACAGACAAGCUGGGCGGGAGACAAACCGAGACAUGCCAUACAGCACUGGAUGUGUUUGCUGAAAUGGAGAAGAGGGGUUUAUUGUCAAAUAUAAAUCUUCAUGAGUUGCAUACAGCUUUGCUGCAAUUGGAUCAACAACUGGUAUCGACUAUACAGCGCUACAUGGAAGUGGUAAACCAGAUGCCUCAAACCAGAGGAUCUUCCCACAGCAGCAUGAGGGUCAACAACACCCCUCAGCCAACAGAACCUAUUGAUGUGUCAAUAUCCGAAACUCAGCCCAGCUAUGAAAGAAUGAGUGUUGUCUCCGAUGCAGAACCAAAUACCGAGUUCUCCUCUCUUUCUGAUCAUACAGAGUACUACGCCCUGACUCAUAACCCACGUGGUUUGUGUGUGGUCAUCAAUAAUGAGGAAUUCGACGGAAAAGAGCUAAAAGACCGAAGAGGGAGUCAGGAGGAUGAGAAGGCUCUGAACAAAGUGUUCACCAGCCUUGGCUUUACUGUGGUGGUACACAACAACUUGACUGCAGAUGACAUGCGACAAGAACUAAAGCAGCUGGGCUCACGGAGUUUUUUGGAUGAUGAUGCGUUGGUGGUAUGCGUGCUUUCCCAUGGAGAACUGGGAUGUGUCUAUGGGACCGAUGAGCAACAGGUGGCCUUAAACGAACUGACACAGCCCUUCACCAGCAAAAGAGCACCCUCCUUGACAGGGAAGCCCAAACUGUUCUUCAUCCAAGCAUGUCAGGGAAGCGGCUACCAGGGAGGAGCCUUGCCAUGUCCCCCGAUGCCAAAACAGGAGGAGAGGGUCAGACAGAGCCGCCUGGAGGAAGACGCUGGUCCUGUGAAAGGCGAGACUGUUCCUUGGGGGGCCGACUUCCUGCUGGGCAUGGCCACCGUGUCAGAGUGCAAGUCGUUUCGAAACACUUCGACAGGCUCCAUCUACAUCCAGCAGCUGUGCGCACAGCUGAAGAGGUCAGCAGAAAGCUCGGAGAAUGAUGAUAUACUCGCAGUGCUGACACGUGUGAACAGGGAGGUCAGCAAGGGAGAAUAUUUAAGUCACAAACAAAUGCCAGAGCCCAAGUACACCCUCACCAAGAAGCUCGUCCUCAAAUAUGUGCGAGCUGACCGGGGCUAGUUGCAAAGAUAAAAAUGUGCCAAAUUUGUAUAGACCAAACUAGUUUACUGUGUGUAUGACUGUGGUCUUGUGUGUGAGUGUGUUUUUUUUGUUUUUAAAUCUCACUGAAUGGCACUGCUGGUUUGAUGAAUUUGAAUGUUAGUGUCUGUGUGUAGUUAUCUUCAGAAUCUGAUGUCUCUAAAUGUAAAAUAAUCAUGGCAUAUAAGAUGUUGCAGAAGCCACGCAGAGAAAAUGUCCUUUUUGAAAUGUUUAUGAUUAUUCCCAUAUGAUUUAGGACAACAACAUUGUGUUAUUUGAGAAAAAUGUCAUUUUAAGGGAAAAUGGAAUACGCAUUAUUUUCAUUGGUAUUGUUUGUAUGGAGUCAGAAAUAUAAAAGAAAUAAAAAAAAUGUAACAAAAGCAAAAUGCAGAAAUACUCUGUUAAAGGUAGUCCUCUCUUUAAAUCCACCCCUCCAUUAUCUGAACCCUCUUAUGCAUUGCAGGAAAAGGGGCUUUUAUUUACAAUUUAUUUAAAAUAAAGGUAUAGACAUAAGAUGUAAAUGUACAGAGUUUAGUGAUUGAUGAGUUGAUCCUGUAAAAUUGACAUAGAGCCUAUUUAAAUGUUAAAGCUUGUCCAGGUAAUUAACUACUUUAUCAUAUUGUUACGCUUAUUUAAUUUUGAAUACAAAAUCUUUCUUGCAAAAAGUAGUAAUGUGUGAAUGUGAAGAUGAAUUCAGGUAAAUACAAACUACAUUUGCACUCUGAAAUGAAAAAAAGAUUUAUGAUUUAACUGAAUGGAAAUUCCCAACUACAGUAAAGUAUUUUGGUUAAUCCA